GUUCUGCAGGAGUGCUUGGAUGAGUGGAAAAGUGAAAGGGAUAGUGUGGUUUUGCAGUUUUGCAGGGCAUGGAGGUCAAGUGGCGAUUAUGUCCAAGCGUCCGUCCAACGUCAAGGCCCUGCAGGCUAAUCUGAACAUCCCGAUGGGAGCUCUGCGUCCAGGGGCGGGACAUCCUGUGAGGAGGAGAGAGGAGACGGGAGAAGCACACGAGGCUCACUCGCCGCCGGACGAGAGGUCCGGGGACGCGGCUCACACGCCGGAGGACAAAAAGACGUUGCCGGGCGCCGUCAAGCUGCCGGGGCCGGCGGUCAACCUCUCGGAGCUGCAGAACGUCAAGAGCGAACUACGCUGGGUCACCAAGGAAUAACACCUGUGCUGCUGUGCAAGGCAGUCGUCUUCAUUAAUCUCAUCGGAAGUACACCAAACAGAAGUUUCAGCAUCAUCACCUUUCCCAAUGCAGAGCCACGCUUUAUCACUGAUGAUGACUUUCAUCCAGCCAUCCAUAGUCCACCAUUGCUUUUCCUUAGCCCAUUGUAACCCUGUUGUUUAUGUUUAGUUGUUAAUGACGACUUUUGUUUAGCUUUUCUGUGUUUUAAUCUCAUUUCCUGUAGGCGCUUCCUUACAGUUUGGUCACAGACGGUGACUCCAGUUUCCAUCCAUUUGUUCUUCAGUUGUUUCUCUGUGCAUUUUCUGUUUUCAAGACGUAUUGCUUGAAGGUUUCUGUUUUGGAACUUUGAUGUUUUCCUUGGUCUACCAGUAUGAUUGCCUUAAACAAACUUCCCAAGUUGUUUGUACUUGGUCCAUAUUUUACACACAGCUGACUGUGAACAAUCAACAUAUUUUGCAACAUUGGGUGAUGAUUUACCUUCUUGAAGAUGUUUGAUAAUCCUCUCCUUUGUUGCAAUUGACAUGUCUCAUGUUUGAGCCAUGAUUCAUGUCAAUCCACCAGGUGCAACAGCCGUCCAAGGUGUGAACACUCACUUUUAACUGCAGACUAAUGAACACAUUUCAUCUAAUGCAAUCUAAUUCACUGUUUUAGCUUUGGAAAUGAACAUUAACAGGGUGAUUCCAUUUUUCUCUCCUCUAGAAUUGAGUGAUUCUAUAAUAGUUUAUACAUCUAAAAAUUAAACCCUUACUGACUACCACAAUUUGAAUUCUUGAUAUAUUUUAGUGUUUCUUACAGACAGUUGCCAUUUGAAAUGACUACAGUUUUGUGUCAUUUCUGUUACUUGUUUUUUCACCACAAAACUAAACUGAAUGAACAUCCUCCCAGUCUGGUGAUUCCAUCAUUUUUGCCAGGGGUUGUACA